CAACUUCUCUCCUUGUGAAGCGCUGACACAGCACUAAUCGCUCAGUGGCACAAACACCAUUGCGGCCAGUCCUGCCCCAGUCCCUUCUCAUGAGGGCUGACAUCACAGAGAUUAGCUGUGGCUCUCUGAUUCCUGGUACAAACAUUUCAAACACAAACACUCACACCAGUGGCAGUGGCUUUGCGCUAUCAAUAGAGGCUUUGAGCAUGCAGUGAAACUGUUCCCUUGUUCCCCUAUGGUGCGAUGAUACAUUGUAAGCGCUGUGAAUGGAACUGUAAAGUCAUGUUGCUGACAUAAUUCAAAAGAGAAACUCCUCGACAGAAAGCAGUUAUCUGAGUUGCCACAGAGAUUAAGACUAGGUUUAGAUGCAGGACUAACAACCUGUUGUAAUCUUGUGUCUCUUAGGAGAAGUGUUCAUCUACAACUGGCUUCAAAAUGAGGUAAAGAAGUAACACUUUUGCCUGCUGCCCAUCUUUAUCCUGCCAAUGUCAAGAUCUUGUCGGGAGAGGAAAACGGCAGUGUUCUUGACUCCGCCCCUCUGCUCAGCCAUGGCCCCUUGCCGUGGCCAUUAGGAAGAUUCUUACUGGAGCAAUGACAGAUGAAAGCCAUUAAGUGAAAAUGUCUGCCAGGGGCCGUCAGAGGCCCCCUAAACUGGAGCGGCUGGAGUCUGUCAUGAGCAAGUUCUCUGGCAGUUUGGACCAAGAUGUGUUACAAGACGACCCUGAGGAGCUGGACUUAAGCGGACAAACUGACCUCUGUAGCGGUGAACUUCUGGAAUCAAGGAACAUAUCCUUUCAAGCAAUAUACAAUUUUCUUCCGUUCAAGUCCCUGGAAGGUGUCAUAUUUCUUGAAGAAGUGCCGAUUCUGGUGCAAGUGACAGAAGUGGAGCGAUUCACAUCUUCAAGGGUGCUGAAUCCCAACUUGUACACUGUGGAGCUGAGCCAUGGAGACUUCAAGUGGAAAAUAAAGCGUCGUUUUAAGCACUUUCAGGCACUUCACCAGGAGCUACUAAAAUUCCGAGCCCUGUUAAAAAUCCCUCUACCAAGCCGAAUUCACUCUGUCAAUAGGAGGUCAUUCAAAGGCCGCAAGAGGUUUCACGGAGAACGCAUCCCAACAUUACCAAGAAGACCUGAUGCCCUCGUCAGAGAGGAACAGCUCAUCAGCAGAAAAAUGCAGCUGGAAGACUAUCUGAGGAAUGUCUUGAAAAAGCCUUUAUACAGAACACAUCCUGCAACACUUGAAUUUCUGGAAGUGAGCCAGAUUUCAUUCAUCCAGGAUUUAGGACCUAAAGGAAUUGAAGGUCUAAUCUUCAAGAAAUCAGGAGGAAACACAUUCCCUGUGUGUUACUGGUGCGGAUCCAACAGCGUCUGUUACCGCUGGUCCAAAAGAUGGCUGGUGGUAAAAGACUCCUUUGUUCUCUACAUGAGGCCAGAGGAUGGCCAAGUAGGCACUGUGAUUCUAUACGAUAAGGGAUUUCACAUCAAAAUAGGGGCCCUGGAGACCGGAGUCAGGCAUGGAGUCACGAUUGAGAAUCUUUGCAGGGCGCUUACUAUCAAGUGCUCCACAUAUAGACAGGCUCGUUGGUGGGGACACUCCAUAGAUGACUUUUCUCAGAUGUUUGGACAGGAUUUUCUAAGGGAAAACCGCCAUGGGUCUUUCACACCUGUUAGAGAAAACACUACAGCAAAAUGGUUUGUCAACGCAGCGGGAUACUUCGAUGCCAUAGCUGAUGCCCUGGAAGGAGCAAAGGAGGAAAUCUUCAUCACAGCCUGGUGGUUAAGCCCAGAAAUCUUCCUCAAACGGCCGGUGGUAGAUGGUAACAUGUGGAGAUUAGACCACGUCCUCAAGCGUAAAGCAGAACAAGGAGUGAAGAUCUUUGUCCAGCUCUACAAAGAAGUGGAGGUGGUGAUGGGACUCAACAGCGAGUACACAAAGAAGACCCUGAUGGGACUUCACUCUAACAUCAGGGUCAUCCGACACCCUGAUCACAUGCCCUCCACUGCAUUGCUUUGGGCUCACCAUGAGAAGUCGGUGGUGAUUGACCAGUCACUAGCCUUCCUGGGAGGGAUUGAUUUGGCUUACGGAAGAUGGGACGACUACCAACACAGACUGGCUGAUGUGGGAAGUGUGAGAAGAAGCCCUCAGCAAAGUCCUGCUAUUUCCCCCAGCCUCACUCAUUCAGUUGCCACCGUGGAGGAGGGCGAGGAGGUAAAACUAAAUGUGGUGGUUGAAGAAAUUCAUAUUGGAGAAGGAGGAGCAGGCAGAGCUGGAGAUGCAGGCUCGAUGGAGGAUCCAAGUGAGAUCUGUACGAGUUUUAUGAUGACUAUGCCUAAAGAGGAUCAGAGAGAAAACAGCCUCACCCUACCCACAGAAAGGCUGCUAAGAACACCGUCUGAGAAAAGUCACCACAGCUUUGAUGCUGCAGAGUCCAAGCGUUACAGCAGGACUAGUCUUAAUUCCAGGACACCUCUCACUCUUGAAUGUUACACCAAGAGCUUGUCUCUGCAUUCCAGUGAUUCCUACUCUCUCGGCCUGCAUCAUUGUCUCCCUCUGCCUUAUGAGACCAGUUCCCUUAGAAGUUACAUUGGCAGUACUGAACUCUGCGGAGAGACUCGCUUCUGGCACGGCAAAGACUACUGCAACUUCAUCCUCAAAGACUGGGUCAAACUCAACAAGCCUUUUGAUGAUUUUAUUGACAGGUAUAAAACGCCACGGAUGCCCUGGCAUGAUAUUGGUGUGAUGGUUCAUGGAAAGGCUGCGAGAGAUAUUGCACGACAUUUCAUUCAGAGGUGGAAUUUUACAAAGCUGGUGAAGAAGCGGUCGGGGGCGACGUGUUACCCCUGCCUCAUGCCCAAGUCUCUCUGUGCACCCAUGAUGCCAGCUGAGUACACCGACAGAUCCACACAGGCUAACGUUCAGGUUUUACGGUCUGUGUGCCAGUGGUCUACUGGGUCAAAGGUUCAUGAGGAGUCCAUUCAUUUAGCCUAUGUAUCGGCCAUCCAGAACAGUAAACACUUUAUCUACAUAGAGAAUCAGUUCUUCAUCAGUUGUGCCGACAAAACCAUCCACAACAGCAUUGGCGAUGCUCUAACUGAGAGGAUCCUGCGGGCGUACAGGGAGAAGAAGAGAUUUCGGGUAUAUGUGGUGAUGCCCCUGCUGCCCGGCUUUGAAGGUGACAUCUCUUCAGGAGGAGGCCAAGCCAUCAAAGCAAUCAUGCACUUUAAUUACAGGACAAUGUGUCGAGGGGAGCACUCCAUUAUUGAGAGGCUCAAAUGUGUGAUGUCAGAUUGCUGGAUCAAGUACAUCUCAUUCUGUGGUCUGCGGACUCAUGCUGAUCUGGAUGGCCGUCUGGUCACUGAACUCAUUUACGUGCACAGCAAGCUCAUGAUCGUGGACGACUGCACUGUCAUUAUUGGCUCCGCCAACAUCAAUGACAGGAGCAUGCUGGGAAAGAGAGACAGUGAGAUGGCUGUGGUUGUGGAGGACACUGAGCUGCAGUCGUCUGUCAUGGAUGGAGAGAGUUUUCAGGCUGGCAGAUUUGCUCGGUCUCUGCGCAAAGAGUGCUUCAGACUUGUUCUUGGCUUGCCGGAAGACAAUACAGACAUCAGCGAUCCCGUCAGUGACCGAUUCUACAAGGAAAUCUGGAUGGUGACCGCAGCCAGAAACGCCAGUGUGUAUGACAAGGUCUUCAGAUGUCUGCCGACUGACGCAGUGCUGAACUAUAAGAUCCUGAGGGAGUACACGUGUCGUCCUUGCAUGGCGACUGAAGACCCGGCACAGGCCUGCUCUGAACUCAAGAAGAUAAGAGGUUUUCUGGUCCAGUUUCCCUUGCAUUUCCUUUCUGAGGAGAACCUUUUCCCUUCCUUCAACUCUAAAGAGGGUAUGAUGCCCAUCGAGCUGUGGACGUAGAAUCUCUCAACCCUUUAAUGGCUGUUCUCUCUUUUUAAGCAUGUCAUCUAAUGACGCUUUAUGUGCUGUCAGCAGCAUUCAUACUUCUGUAGAGCCCAGGCCCGGAUUGGCUAAUCGGGAGGACCGGGAGAAUUCCCGGUGGGCC